AUGCCUUUUCCCUCUCGUGCCGAACCCUGUCGGCCGAACGUGUGCGCGCUGUUGCCGCUCGCUGUCGCCGCUGCUGUCGCCGCUCGUUCCAAAACCACAGUCAGUCGACAGAUGAACGACCUCGCCGAGCCUGUGUCGGACAGCGAGCCACGCGACAACGAGACCCACGAAGGUCCCGCCGACGGCCCGCCUCCUGUCGCGUGGCUCCAGCGGCGAGCCGAGCGGAUUGACGGCAACGAAGGCACGGCGGCGUCGUGGGAGCGGCUUCGGCCGCACGAUGAGAAGGCGCUCGAGGCACUGUGGGCCGAGGACGGCUCCUCGACGCCGCUCUUUGGCGGCCGCUGGGAGGCGCACCUCACCGUGGGCACGCACGGCCCGCGGGGUGCCGCCGACGCCACUUCGCCGACGCCGCUAGCGCUGCCGCGCACAGAGAGCGCGGCCGAGGCUGACAGCAGCGCGGCGGACGAGGAGCGGGAGGCGGAGGCGGCGCGCGCCAUCAGCGUCGGGUGCCUGCGCGCGCGCUAUUACGCCGAGUCGGAACGGGCGCUCGUGCGGAGCAUCUGGUGCUACCGCUCGUGGCCGAAUGGUGUGUGGCGCCCGUUUGCGAGACAGGACGACGUGGCGCUGGACGCGAUGUGGCGGUCGAUGGUCCGCGGGCAGGCGACGAGCGAGUGCGGCUACGUGACGGAGGACGGCCUGUACGACAUCCGGAUCAAGCGGCAGCCGGCCGACGGCGAGCUUCUCGUCGUGAUGCGGGCGGUCGGGGAGCCUUCGUGGAACCCGCUGAAGCGGCUCUCGUGGUACGCACGCCGCGGCUGGGCAGGCGACAAGCUGCCUCCUCUCUCCGCCGCGGAGGUGGAGUACGAAGAGCGGCCCGCGGAGGCGCUGGUGCUCGUUGUCCACGGCAUGGGGGAGGCGUCGAUCGGGUCCAUCCGAGACGGCUGCGCGGCGAUGCGCUCGCACGCGGCCGCCCUCGCCGCGGCGGAGGAGGGCGACGACGAGAGCCGCAAGGAGGACCUGCGCACCGUGCUUAAGCUCGCCGGCUACGACGACGCGAAGGUGGCCGCCCACUCCUUGUCCGCCACGCCGCCUUCGUCGGCGCCACCGCCGGCGCCGACGGCUGCGGCGGCUGCGGCGGCGGCGCUCGCGGCGGGCCGGAGGUACGAGGGCGGCGGCACGGGCGUGGACGGCGGCGCGGCACGGGGAGGGCGCGUUGAGUUUCUGCCGGCCGAGUGGCACACGUGCUUGCGCGAGGAGGGGGACGGCACGUUUGCGACGCUGCAGUCGGUGACGCAGCGGUCGGUGCCCUUUCUGCGCAAGCUCGCAAACGACGUGGUGAUGGACGUCAUCUUCUACCAGCAGGACAGCCACCGCAGGAGCGCGAGCGCGGCCGCUGUGCACCACGUCCCUCGCUUCGACGGCCCCAUCGUGCUGCUCGGCCACUCCCUCGGCUCCCUCAUCUGCUUCGACCUCCUCGACACCCCCCUCGUCGCCGCCGCCCCGGCUCCCGCCCCGCCCGACGCCCCACCCGCCGCCCCGCCCGCCGAGCUCGACUUCACCCCCGCCGCCUUUGUCGGCCUCGGCUCGCCGGUCGGCUGCUUCGCGGCGCUGCGCGGCGCAUCGCUCGGCCCCUCCUUCUCCCUCGCCCGCUGCGGCGCCGCUUCAGCGUCUGCCGCACGCCCAGGAGACGCGGCACGACGCCGUGACCGGCAUCGGCGCGGCCGCCGCCUCGAGCGCGUCGGCGGUUGGCUCCUGGCGACGCGGGAGUACGCGCUCAACGGCGGCGAGCCCGUCGACUGGGUGCUGCAGGAGACGGAGCUCGAGGCGGCGAACGAGUACCUCUCCGCCGCGCAGGCGCACACGGGCUACUUCGACAACCCGGACGUGGCGGCGUUCAUGCUCCGCCACGCGCCACAGCGCCACCUGGUACACCGAGUCGCGUCGUCGGGCGCAACGUGA